AUGGAGGAAAGCAGGAAUGAGAAGGUGAACCAAGCCCACAUUCUCUUCGACAGAUUUGUCCAGGCCACAACCUGUAAGGGGACUCUGAAAGCUUUCCAAGAGCUUUGUGACUACCUAGAGCUAAAGCCCAAGGACUAUCGUUCUUUCUAUCAUAAACUCAAGUCCAAGCUCAACUACUGGAAAGCCAAAGCCCUCUGGGCCAAGAUAGACAAGAGGGGCAGCCACAAAGACUUCAAGAAGGGGAAAGCAUGCGCCAACACGAAGUGUCUCAUAAUUGGGGCUGGACCCUGUGGCCUUCGUACAGCCAUCGACCUGUCCUUACUAGGAGCCAAGGUGGUGGUCAUAGAAAAGCGGGAUGCCUUCUCUCGCAACAAUGUGCUGCACCUGUGGCCAUUCACCAUACACGACUUGCGGGGUCUUGGCGCCAAAAAGUUCUACGGCAAGUUCUGCGCAGGAGCCAUCGAUCACAUCAGUAUCCGUCAGCUCCAGCUCAUCCUCUUGAAGGUUGCCUUGAUCUUGGGAAUAGAGAUCCAUGUCAAUGUGGAAUUCCAGGGGCUUGUCUAUCCCCCUGAGGACCAGGAGAAUGAGAGGAUAGGCUGGCGUGCACAGGUCCACCCGAAAACACACCCGGUGUCAGAGUACGAAUUUGAAGUGGUCAUUGGAGGAGAUGGCAGGAGGAACACUUUAGAAGGGUUUCGUCGGAAGGAGUUCCGUGGUAAACUGGCAAUUGCUAUCACAGCAAACUUCAUCAAUCGAAACACCACAGCCGAAGCCAAAGUGGAGGAGAUCAGUGGCGUGGCCUUCAUAUUUAACCAGAAGUUCUUCCAGGAUCUGCGAGAAGCCACAGGUAUUGACUUGGAGAACAUUGUCUACUACAAAGAUGACACUCACUACUUCGUCAUGACUGCCAAAAAGCAGAGUUUGCUGGACAAAGGGGUGAUACUGCAUGACUACGCGGACACAGAGCUGUUACUCUCACGGGAGAAUGUGGACCAGGAGGCUUUGCUCAACUAUGCCAGGGAAGCAGCUGACUUUUCUACCAAUCAGCAGCUGCCAUCACUGGACUUUGCCAUCAAUCACUAUGGGCAACCUGAUGUGGCCAUGUUUGACUUCACCUGUAUGUACGCAUCAGAGAAUGCAGCGAUGGUGCGAGAGCAGAAUGGUCACCAGUUGCUCGUGGCACUGGUUGGGGACAGUCUGUUAGAGCCAUUCUGGCCGAUGGGAACUGGAAUAGCCAGGGGCUUUCUGGCUGCCAUGGAUUCUGCUUGGAUGGUACGAAGCUGGUCUCAGGGAACUAGCCCUUUGGAGGUCCUCGCAGAGAGGGAAAGCAUUUACAGGCUGCUGCCUCAGACCACCCCUGAGAAUGUGAGUAAAAACUUCAGCCAAUACAGCAUCGAUCCUGUCACCCGGUAUCCCAAUAUCAACGUCAACUUCCUGCGGCCAAACCAGGUGCGCCACUUGUAUGAUACAGGAGACCUGAAAGACAUUCACCUGGAAAUAGAGAACUUGGUGAACUCCAGGACACCAAAGCUGACGCGGAAUGAGUCUGUAGCUCGGUCCAGCAAACUGCUUGGUUGGUGCCAAAGGCAGACUGAUGGGUAUGCUGGUGUGAAUGUAACAGAUCUCACAAUGUCAUGGAAGAGUGGCCUCGCCUUGUGUGCUAUUAUCCACAGAUACCGUCCUGACUUGAUAGACUUUGAUUCUCUAGAUGAACGCAAUGUGGAGAAGAAUAACCAGCUGGCAUUUGACAUUGCUGAAAAGGAGUUUGGAAUCUCUCCUAUCAUGACUGGAAAGGAAAUGGCAUCUGUUGGGGAGCCAGACAAGUUGUCCAUGGUGAUGUACCUCACACAGUUCUAUGAGAUGUUCAAGGAUUCCAUCCCUUCCAGUGAGACUCUGGAUCUGAACGCAGAAGAGAGAGCUGCACUGAUUGCCAGUACCAAGUCUCCAAUCUCUUUUCUUAGCAAACUGGGGCAGAGCAUCUCAAGGAAACGAACUCCAAAGGAUAAAAAGGAGAAGGAACUGGAUGGUGCAGGAAAGAGGAGAAAGACCAGCCAGUCAGAGGACGAGGAAGCCCCCCGAAGCUAUAGGGAGGAGAGGCCCACACUUGUGAGCGCCCUGACAGAAAGGAGAAUUGAUGCUGCCAUCGGGAACCAGAACAAGGUGAAGUCCAUGGCAACCCAGCUGCUGGCCAAAUUCGAGGAGAAUGCACCAGUGCAGUCCACAGGCUUACGGAGAAAGCCUGUCCUGCCUUAUCAGGAACGUGUUCACAACCAGCUAUCCUGCAGACAGCGAGAGCAGGGCCGCCUUGCUCCCAUGCCUCAGUGGAAACAGCUGAGGACUAAGGAGCGUUCACGGACCUGCCCUAAAAAAGUGAUCACGCUCUCUCCUUCCUCUUCUCCACCUUCCUCUCUAUGGUAUCCCAGCCAGCAGACAAACAGGGAGCCUGGUGCUGACCCCCCUGGGGAGCAGAGUCCCAGACAGGAAAGGAGAUCUCCUCAGGUUUUUUUUGGUGACCAAGUGCCUGAGCAAGCACUGAAUGUUGAGCAGAGGGCAUGCCAACUGGCUGCCCUCCUGGAGCCGAGGCCGACAAUCAGGCAUCAGCCAGAGACUGAACCGUCUCGUCGAUUCUUUGUUGACCAGUGGGAGCGCUCCCUUAGCCUCCGCACUUCCAACCGCCCUUCUUCACCCUCAUCUGACUCCCUUCGACAGAAGUAUAUAAAGAUGUACACAGGCGGAGUGAGCUCAUUGGCUGAGCAGAUAGCCAAUCAGCUUCAAAGGAAAGAACAGCCUAAAACCCUUCUAGACAAGAAGGAACUGGGCUCACUCAAGAAGGAGUUCCCCCAGAAUUUGGGAGGCAGUGAUGUCUGUUACUUCUGCCGCAAGCGGGUCUACGUGAUGGAAAGGCUGAGUGCUGAAGGCAAGUUCUUCCACCGCAGCUGCUUCAAGUGCGAAUACUGCGCCACCACCCUGCGCUUAUCAUGUUACGCCUAUGACAUUGAAGAUGGUAAAUUCUACUGUAAACCUCACUACUGUUACCGACUCUCUGGUUAUGCUCAAAGGAAGAGACCAGCAGUGGGUCCUCUGUCAGGAAAGGACAACAAAGGAUCCCUGCAGGAAGCCAUGGCAGCUGAAGCAAGUGGACGGGCAAAUUCCAUAGCCAUUUCGGCAGAGAGGACUCCAGGUCCUAAUGUCAAUGGAUUGGAGGAGCCCAGCCUGGCCAAGAGGCUGCGUGGCACACCUGAGCGCAUUGAGCUGGAGAAUUACCGGCUGUCGCUGCAGCAGGAAGAGGAACUGGAAGAGGUUCCCGAGGAGACCCUGGCAGAGCAUAACCUGAGCAGUGUACUAGACAAAAGAACAGAAGAGGAUGUGCCCAGCAGUAGUUCAGAAUCCGAGAUGGAGGAAGAGGAGGAGGAGGAGGAAGAAGAGGAACCGGGGCAGCCACAGCUGCCCACCUCAGACCUGGGAGGCGUGCCAUGGAAAGAGGCUGUGCGAAUCCAUGCCCUUUUGAAGGGAAAGAACGAGGAAGAGCCUGAAAGUCAGAAAAACCACGAGGCUGAAGCCCGGGAAGAGGAAGAGGAAGAAGAGGAGGACGAAGAGUCUAGUGAAGAGGGAGAGUAUUACCCUUGGGCGAGAGAGCUCCAGCAAGGCCUCUGGCUUCAACGUCUCUCAAAUGAAGAGGACACGGGUACUUUUAAAGCUGGAAACCUGAGGCUACAGCAGAUUGUAAAUCCGAUUGAUCCCCUGGAGAUCCUGGCAGAUGUGCACUGGACACACAUCCGCGAGAAAGAGGAGGAGGAAAAAAUGGUCCCAAUUUCAAAGUCCUCCACCUCCAGAGCAUCCGACCUUCCCUCCGUACGCCGUGAGGCGGUGCAGGCAUGGCUGGAGACGGUCUCUGGAGCCCCAUUUGAGGAGAAUGAAGUGGAGGAUGAGGUGGGCACAGAACCAGCAGAUACAGAAGGGGAAGCAGGCGAAGAUGGAGACACAGGUGCAGAGCUGGAUGAUGAUCAAAGAUGGUCAGAUGACACCCCAUCUGAUGCAGAAGAUGAGUGUCACUUACCUCAAGGGGACAUGGAAGAGCCAGAAUUGAAAGUCUCUGAGGAUGAGGGUGAGCGAGAGGCCGCUGCUCCCUGCAGUCUGACAGACGAUCCAUGCAAACCCUCUACCCCCAUCUGGUCACCCAACGAGACUGCUGUUCCUCUGUCCCCAGUUGGUAGUCCCAGUGCAGAACAAAUAGAGGUAAGAGUAAAGGAUCCCCUCACAGCACUGCCCUGCAUGGACAAAUCUCCAGAGACACGCUUUUUUCCUGAACCAUUCCUCCUUGAAGAAAUUCCAAAAGAUGAAAUCCUUGAAGAUCAGAAAGUUAAAAGCCCUUCUGUCUCUCUCUCUCCAAUACGGUCCCAACCAGUUGCAUUGCCAGAAGCCAUCACACCUACAUCACCAGUGCAGUCUCAGACAGCAACACCUAUGUUGGCUUCAUCCUCCCCCUCUGCCCAGUUGCCUAUCUGUUCCCAGCCUUUGCCGUCUGCUGAAGCAUCCAUUCCAUCUCCAGUGGAACCUCCAGUGUGCUUUCAGCCUGUACCAGCCUUAACAUCCACCCCUCUGGCCCAACUUGCCCUGAAGAGCCAAGAUAAUGAGGUGGAAAAAUUGGGGAGCCCUACUACUGCAGAAGAAGCCCUGAAACGGAAUAACCUCGUAGAGGAGUUCUGGAUGAAGAGUGCUGAAAUCCGGAGGAGUCUGGGGCUCACUCCAGUGAACAGAAGCAAAGGGUCAGAGCCUAGCUUCACUGUCUCAGCCCUUGAGUCAGCUCCGCUGAGUGUUUCAGAGGAGGGGAUCCAUCUUCUGAAACCCCAGCCUGCCCCAAGAAGGCUGAUCAUGUCCAAACUAGACAGUGAGCAGAUGUCUCUGCUGACUUCAAAAUCUCCCUCUGACAAAGAGCUGAAGAGUUCCAAUGAAGUAAAGAGAGACUUAUCCAGCAGCUCUGGAUUGGGUCUGCAUGGGAGCUCAUCCAACAUGAGGACAUUGGCCAGCCAGAGCUUCAAUACUUCCGACUCCACUAUGCUCACUCCACCAUCAAGCCCUCCCCCACCACCUCCUCAAAAUGAAGCACCAGCAACUUUGCGUAGAAAGAGGCAUCAGACAAUUUGGCAGAAUGAGUCAGAGUCUAAACCAGCAACAGCACCGACACCUCCUGCACCCUCAUCUUAUGAGCACAACCUGCCUGCCAAAGAGUCAACCCAGGCCUCAAAAGAAGAGGUGCGGAAGUCAUUUGUGGAGAGUGUGGAUGAGAUUCCAUUUGCUGAUGAUGUGGAAGACACUUACGAUGAGAGAACUGAGGAUACAAGUCUUCAUGAGAAGUUCUUUACACCCCCUACCAGUAGGCCAAGGCCAGAGAAGCCUCUUCACCUGCCAUUGGUCAAAGAGAAUGGUGGACCACCAUCAAUGGAAGGAGGAGCGAACCAAAGAAAAAGAGUGCUGCCUCAAAUCUCUCCAGAAGCCAAGGAGCUAGCUGAGGAAAGAAUGAGAGCCAGAGAGAAGUCUGUAAAGAGUCAGGCAUUGCGGGAUGCCAUGGCUAAGCAGUUGUGUAAAAUGAAAGCUCUGGAGGCAGCUGCAGCUGCUGGGGCCACCAAGGCACGAAAAGCCUCCUCCAUGCCCUUGAAGCCCAAAGAGAGGGUUUUUGAGUCCUCAGCACGUUUGGCCAUGAAAGAAGCAGAGGGCCCCAUGCUGAAACAUGAUGCUGCUAAUGAAAGGUUCCUCUCCCCCCCUGCUGACGUUGCUGGGCCCGAAGGGUCCGUCACCUCCUCAGAGGGCUCCAGUGGGAAAAGUAAGAAAAGGACUUCUCUCUUCUCCCCUCGUAAGAACAAAAAGGAGAAGAAAUCCAAGAAUGACAGCCGGCUUUCUGACAAAUCCAGUGGCCUGGCCGAGGAAGCCACCAAGCCCAGAUCAUUGUGGAAGUCUGUUUUCUCUGGAUAUAAGAAAGACAAGAAGAAAAAGACUGAUGACAAAUCCUGCCCUAGCACUCCCUCAAGUGGUGCCACAGUGGACUCUGGGAAGCACAAGGUCUCUCCAAUGGUUAGAGCAGCAGAUUUGCAGCUCCGUCGACACUUGAGUUUCUCAGAGGACUCUGACCUCUCAAGUGAUGACGUUCUCGAACGAUCUUCUCAGAAAUCCAAGCGAGAGUCGAUUUAUGUACCACACGCCCUGGCAUUCAAGAGAUCAUAUUCGUCAAAGAGAGCCUACACUGAGGAGGAGCUGAACGCCAAACUGACCAGGCGAGUGCAGAAAGCUGCCCGGCGACAAGCCAAGCAGGAGGAACUAAAGAGGUUACACAGAGCCCAGAUCAUCCAACGGCAGCUGGAGCAGGUAGAAGAGAAACAGAGGCAGCUGGAGGAGAGGGGGGUUGCAGUGGAGAAGGCCCUUAGAGGAGAAGCAGACUAUUGGGGAGAGUCUUAUUACAGUGACCUCAUCGACUUGCACCUGGGUGUUGAGCCCAAUGCCGGGACACCACGUCGUAGACCUCUCUCCUUCUGCCCUUGCUGUGCCCAUGAAGGCAUGGGAAAGAAGGAUGAUCCAAAGCUGAUGCAGGAGUGGUUCAAGCUGGUGCAGGAGAAGAAUGCUUUGGUGCGCUAUGAGUCUGAGCUGAUGAUAUUUGCUCGAGAAUUGGAGCUGGAAGACAGGCAGAGCCGGUUACAGCAGGAACUCCGGGAGAGGAUGGCAGUGGAAGAUCACCUGAAAACAGAUGAGGAGCUGUCAGAAGAGAAGAGGAUCCUGAACGAGAUGCUAGAAGUUGUGGAGCAGAGAGACUCUCUGGUGGCCCUCCUUGAGGAGCAGCGGCUUCGAGAAAAAGAGGAGGACAAGGACCUGGAAGCUGUUAUGCUGUCCAAGGGCUCUAGCUUGAACUGGUCCUGA